CCCACUGGUUGGUUUCUAGGGAGAAGAGCAGCCUCUUCAGACCGCAGGACAGCUGAUUCCAGCAUUCUCCAUUCCCCCCUCCUUGCUGAGCAGGAAGCAUGGCUUUAAAGAAUGGCAACACCUUGGCACGCCUAGGCAGUAUCCCUCUGUUCAGCUCGGCUUAUCAGAUCGCUGUGUUCACCUACGCGGACAUAAAGGGUGCCCACCCCGUGGUGGGUUUCUUUUGUGGCAUGGCAGAGCGCAGCGUGAGCACCGUGGUGGGGGUGGCCGUGAUGGCAACCACUCCGGUCAUGCAGAGGCUGGAGGUGCCACUAGCUGCGGUUAAUAGCUUCACACUGAGAGGCGUGGAUGAGCUGGAGGCAAGAUUCCCCAUUCUGGAUCAGGCAGCAGACGAGGUCCUUGGGAAUUUGCGAGACAGCCUGGCUGCUGGCGUGGAGCAGCUGCAGUCCAGCACCGCCGAGCGAGUGGGCCGGCUGACGGAGAGGGCCAGCGGGGUGGUGGAGGACGUGAUGGGCAUUGUGGCCUUGGGGGUGAACAUCGUCCUGAAUGCCAGCAUCAUCAGCCAAGUGCUGGAGCCUGGGGCCAAGGCAGCUCUGAGCCGCAUGGAGCAGAUUGCGAACCGCUAUCUCCCUGCCACAGAGGAAGAAAUGAGAAGGCAGGAGCCAAGCCUUACAGGCAUGAAGCAGAGACCGGAAAGCGAGCGGACCCUCGCAGGGCGGCUGCAGCUUGUGAUUGCUACCUCGGCCAGGCGAGCAAACCAGAGAGCGUGGUCGUAUGCAGAAAGAUUAUGGAGUUUGAUGCGCCGGGCCCUGAACCAGCUACUGGAGUUUGCUGUGACGCUGAGACGUCGACUCUACCGCGCUCUGGUUGCUGUGACCGAGACGGGUGACUCAGACCCAAGCCCCCAGCCUGGCUUCCCCCGGGACCCCAUCCCCAUCCGGCUCGUCCAGAGGAGGCGAUCCAGCUUAGGACGCACAAGCAGUAAGGCCUCUAGCGACAAGCACAGCAUCCAGGAUGGGAGCGGUCACAGGUCCACCCCAUCGCCUGCCCGGAGAGGUCUCCCCGCCGCCCUGAAUCGGGAUCCCCCUGCCAAGAAGACUCAAUCUCCACCCUCUGUGGCCAGCCGGCUCUGGGAGGGCGGGGACCUCUCCUCCUUGGGCAAAGAGAUGUGAGCAUGCAGCCAGGACAUUCCCCCCACCCCUUCUCUGCCAUAACCGCUGGGAGCUGGGCGGGAAGUGGGAUUUGCGUCCCGCGGGGCAUUCCGGGAUUUCGAAAUUUUGUUUUCUCCCAGAUCUGGGCAAAAAGUCGAAAUCUCGGAAUCUUUCGCAAAACAAAAUAAUAUGAAAUCAUGCGUGAAGACCUUAUCGAAAUUGUUUCAUUUCGACUUUAUCAUUUCACCUAUUACAGAGGGAGGCAGAGUGGCCUAGUGGCUAGCGCACUGACCUGGGACUCAGAAGACCUGGGCUCUAUUCCGAGCUCUGCCAGUGGCCUGCUGGGAGACUUCCCUUUCCGUGCCUCAGUUUCCCCAUCUAUAAUAUGGGGGAAAUGAAGCACUUAGAGGUCUAUGGAUGAAACUUGCUAUAUAAGUGCUAGGUUAAUAGUAUAUUUAUUAGAUUAUAAAGUCAAAAUGAUAAAGGUGAAAUGAAACAUCUUGAUAAUUUCAACAAAAUUGUUACCUUCCCGCAAGACAUUUUGAUUUUUAUUGAAUCAAAUUUUACCCAAGGGAAAAACAUUCUGUUGGGAAAUUUGUAGCUGGUUCUAGGCUGGGAAGCUUUAGGCCAGGAAUAGAAUUGGGGUGGGGGGCUGAGCAGAACCAGUUAAUAUCCUGCAGCAGGGGGCUCUGUAAGUUAACCUGAAACAUCAUUCUGCAACAGGAAGUUCCACAGAAUAGCCUCAGAUAUCAUGCUGCAGCAGGGAGUUCCCCAGGAUAACCUCAGUUAAUAUCCCACAGCUGGGAGUUCUGCAGGUUAAUCCCCCUAACAUGCCCAGUGGUAAACAUGCCGACAGCCACCCCCUGUGGAAGGCAUCUUAUCCAGUGACCAGCACGCCAGCCCAAUCCCAUUGCUGGCAGCUGCCAAGCCUUUCCUCCCCUAUUAACUGACACCCCAUCCCACAUCUUCCCCAACUACCACAGCUAUGCUUCCAAAGGACCCCUGUCUCCCAAGGGCAGUAACGGUCCCCAGAGCUGAGCGGCGCUUACUGAACACAGUCUAAGGUCUCAUGCAUUUCCAGCUCUUCCAAGCAGUUUGCUCUGACGUAGAGGAGAUGGUCCAGGGCUAAAUCUCACAUGCAAAACACCCCCAAUGCAGUGGAAGUGCCGGGGUUACCAAAUAGCUGGCAUAUAUCAGCUUUAGCACCCAGUCCUGCCAGCUGCAGAGCGCCCUUCGCUCCCUCUGGCUUCAAACGCGCAGGAGCAGUGUGCAAAAGGGGGCCCUCGAUUUUGUAUCCUGUCCUUCCAUGCGAGUGUACCCUAAGUGGCUUUAUGGCAUUAGGAAGCUAAAUCAUAUAGAGUAGAGAGGGCCUGGAUCUUCCGGAAGCACGGGCUGGGGAGGAGAGAUGCAGGACGGCUGCCCCAGGGGAGUGAAGCUGCACUGGAGAAGGCUCUUGUGCCAAGAAAAGCUGGCCUGCAUGUAAGGGGAGAGAGAGGAGGGUGGAGUUAGACAAGCCAGGGAGAGAGAAGAGAUGGCAUUAUAGGGAGGUGGUCCUAGUGGCAGCUGCUGCAUGGGAACCCUUUGUGGCUCUCGCACGACUGAGUCGUCACCUCCAAAGACACUGCAGCAGGACAGGCUCCCUCGAUCCAGCGCCCUCGUGAACGAGCUUCGGUCAGUUUUGCUCCAAGGCUAGGUUCCUCUCCCUCUGGCGUUUCCCUUCCUGUGCUUGUGU